CUUGAUCUGCCCGCAACAUGCCUCCAACAGCCGAUAGACAGACCCUCAAACGCAAACGGGAUCCAGCUGUUCCGGAGGUGAGGCUUUUCCGCCCUAUAUUGGCGUACCUCAAUUCGGGACCAGCAGGUAGAAGAUGCCGGACGAAAACUGAAGGGCAAACUGCACCAUGAACUCAAGGAAGUACGACACGCGUCCAAGAAAGCGAAGGCGUUCGAUACGCAGAGGAUUGUGAAAAAGCUCAAGGGAUUGAAGAAGAAAGAUGAAAUGUCACCUGAAAUUGUAGAUCUCGAAAAGCAGCUUGAGAUACUGAAGGCCGUGGACUUCGACAUCGUAGCAGAGACCGCUCUGAAGACGAAAAUCAUGAAGGAUAAACUGCUGUCUUCAAACGAUGCCGUACGGGACGCAGUCCAGGCGGAAUUGUCUUCGACCGGUCUCGCUCCAGAACCACCCGGCACGCCUGCCGCAAAAGUGCACGGCAGGCUCCUCAGCUCGAAGGUUCUUGCCACACAGAUUAACCUUGUCGUGAAUGCCCUGCGCACUAUACUGCAGCCGGCUCUCAGCCCUUCGUCCGCUGACGAGGCGUCAGCUGAGUGGUCUGAGCCUCCACCCAAGAAGUCGAAGACCAAACCCAAAGAAUUGGCUCCACAUAUCUCUCCCGCCUUACGAGAUGCGAAGGUCUCUGACUCUGGAGAGGGCUCAGACGAGGACGGAGAUGAAAGCGAUGCUCGAGAGCUCGUUUCAGAUGACGAUGGCGAUGUGGCCGCUGACGAUGCUGGGUGGGAAUCUGGCUCUGUGGACGAUGGUGAGGGCGGAUGGGAGUCGGGCACCGUCAGCAGCGACCACUCAGAUGAAGUGGAAGAUCAAAGCAACGAGGAGGCUGGAGAAACCGAAAAGAAGCCUGCACGGCCAGAACGUCCGCCCGCAAAAGCCAAGGCGUCAAUUAAAGCCGGCGAAUCGACAUUCCUCCCUUCCCUUGCCGUCGGCUUCACGCGCGGAGACUCUGACUCGGAAUUCAGUGACAGCGAGGCGAAGUUCGCAGACGGAGUGAAGAAAAACAGGCGUGGACAGCGCGCUCGUAGAGCUAUAUGGGAGAAGAAAUUUGGCCGCAACGCUAAUCACGUCAAGAAGCAACGUGAAGAAAUCGCAGCGAAGGGAAGCCGGGAUAGGAGGGCCCCGCGAGCAGGACCGGGACGACCAGGCCCUCAGCGGAAUAACGACGCGCCUAGGAUGGCCUUCCACGGGAACGACAGGAAGCUUGCGUCAGGGGCCAAUCAAAUUCAGAGAGCGCAGGCUGCCCAUGCGACUGCGGACGCCGGCGCGAAACCGCCGAAGCGCAAUCAGGACCGUCCUUUACAUCCGUCAUGGGAGGCGAAAAAGAGACUCAAGGAGAAGCAGAGCAUGGGAAUCGUGCCCGCACAGGGUACGAAGAUCAAGUUCUGA